CGCUCGAUUCUGAGCAAAAUAGCAAAAAUGUGGAAACUUUAAAAAACAAAUUGAUAUUACCAGCUCCUUUGCAAUCAGAAACAGCUAUUCCGUCAAGAUUGUUGAUGUCGAUUGCCUUUGGAAAACUGGAACCAAAACCCGAAUCGAUGUCACCAGAAUUGAAAAAUUCCUUUGAUCUUGAUUCUUAUGAAAGCUAUUUACAGAUCUUUCGUGAAAACAGAAAUAAAUUUUUAACAUUGAUUAGAAAUCUAUGUCUCAACUAUUCUCAAAUCUCUCAGACAUUUUUCUUUUCCAUGUUGCGUGAUUUGUUGGGACCCAUUCCAGUUGAAUUAUCUGAUCAAGAAGUUUUAACAACUGCCGCUGGCAUCAAAUCUUGGAGUACAGCUGCUGUUCUAUGUCCUUUAUUUAUAUCAAAACAAAAUUUUUCUCCACAGCAAAUAAAGAUAUUGGAAUUUUAUUUUUCACGAAUGCUGGAAAUUGGAUUCAGUGGUCAGUUGGAUAUACAAAAUCUAAAUUCUCUACUAUCAUGUAUGUCAUCAUUUUCACCAUUCUACGAAACGUUUUCUGUUGAAUUGAUUCAAAAAUUAAUCGAUAUCAUAUUCUUAUUGACUGUGAAAACAAAAGAACUACAAUAUGAUCCAAAUAUUGGCGAACUUCAAAAUCAUUUAAAUGCUUUAUUCAUUAAACUAACGAAAAAUUGUGUGUCAUUAUUUUUGCCAUAUUUCAAUAUGAUGCGUCAACAUAUUGAAGAAUUGAUUACCACUGAUAAAAUAUCGUUAGUUCAAUCAUAUUUUCUCUAUGAAGGUUUAUUUAUUCUGAGCAACCAUCUUUCCGUUGAAGAACAACGUAUCUUUUUGAUUGAUCGUUUUCUGCCUCAAAUCAAUUGGAUUAUUACUUACGAUUUUGGAUCGAAUGGAGAAACAUUUUUUCUCGAUCUUGGUUUAGCUACACAACCACAGCUGAAUGUUAAUCAUUUACCAUCAAAUUAUUCUAAGAUUUUAGUAAAAAUUUCUGCCUUAUUGAAUUUGCUGACACGUUUAUUCAAACGAAUCAAUGCUGUUCGAUGUUAUGAAAUUCUAUGGCCUAUAAUGUUACAUUUAGUAGCUCCGUUUUGUAAAGUUAUUGCUUCGGUCCAUCAUCUUUGGUCAUUAUAUGAACAAAAAAAUCAGCAUUUACUUGAUCAUUUAUGUCAUCCUUUUUAUCAGCAAUAUUUAUUUGAAGAAUAUCCUUCACAUUAUAUUCUGAUGAAUUGUUUUGAUCAAUCAAAAAUGCUUCCGGCAGAUAAGUAUAGAACAUUAUUGAAACAAUGGGAUCGACAAAAUCCACCAUCGCCGGAUCUCAUUGGUUAUUUUAUGCAUCAUCGAAUCUGGUUAUUGUAUUCACAAUCAUUAAUAUUUCUCAAUACGGCGCUAGAAUUGAUGUUAUUUUUUUACACCAAUUAUCCCGUAUCCGAAUCUGCUAUCGAAGAUUUUAUCUCCUCAAAUAAUUCACUAAUUUGUUCAAAUAUGAAGUUCAUGCCAUUAUUUGUAUAUCGUGAUUUGAUUCGAUUAUAUUUUCAAUGUUUAGCAAAUUUUUCACCAAGAAUAGAAAAGUUUCUAAAUAAUAGUGGAUGUGUCGAAACAUUGAUUCAGUUUAUCGAAUUUAUGUUUCAGAAAAUUAACGAAAAUUUUGAUGCUUUGAAUCAAGAAAAAAAUGUCAACACUUCUGAUUCGAAUCCAAGAAUUGCUAAUCAUUUGAAAAUCAAGCCAUUAUCAGUCAAAGAUGAUCCUAGAAAUUAUUUGGAAAUUGUUAUCGAAGCUACUAUUAAUAGUAUUUCAGCAGAUUUUGUCGCACUUUUGAACAGUAUAUUUUCAAAACAAAAAAAUUUUGACCAUAUAACAAAAAAUGAAUCUAUAACGAAUGAGAUGGAUGAAGAAAUGAGCAAUGUUGAUCAACAACAACAAGCUAAAGACGAUGAACUUGAUAUAAAUGAGAAUGACAAUAUGAGAGAAUCCAUUAUAAAUGACGACAAAAAUGAUGAUAAAUAUGAUGAAGAGGGUCUCCUAUCAAAGUUUAUUAUGACGCGAAAUCCAAAGGCUUUAGUUAUGGUCGUCACGGGUUGUCUUUCAUGGCCCAACAGUAAUAUGAAACUUCAGAUUUGCAAUGUUAAUCAAAAAUUGAUUCAAUGUCUCAUAUCUCGACAGAUGAUCAAUUCAAUUCAAGCAUUUUUCGAUCUAGCCACUCGUAUAUUGCAAUCAAUAACGUUGACCAAGCAAAGUGAUUCCGAUACAUUGAAUCGUUUGGCUAAUUUAUUGUUUAUUAUCUAUGAAAAUAUUGUCAUAAAAAACAAUCUAACGGAAAUUGUUAAUGUUAAAUUAAGCCAAAUUUGUUCGAUCGAUUUAAAUGACUGGAAUCGUUUUAGUGAUAGUUUUCGUCAAAAAAAGAAUGCCAGCCAAAUGAAAAACGCACAAAAAAUGCUUCGAAACCUUAUCGGGAGUUUAUCCAUGCACGAAUUAUCAUCAUUACAUUCUAUUAAACAAUCAAAUAUCCUCUGUUUAGGCAUGUUGAAAAGCGACAAAGAUAAUGAUGUAUCUGAGGAUCUGGACACCGGAUUUUUAUGGCUAUAAAUUUAUGGAAAAUCCUUUUAGUUUCUCAUUUUUCAUAAAUUUUUUAAUUGAUUUUUGUUUGUUUGCAGAUUAUUUUAAUUAUUUGUCAACUCGUAUUGUGUAA